CUCUCCCGCUGGCCUUGGUUGUCAGGCGCCAAGUGUGGGAAGGUGGAUAGUGAUCUCCCCGCAGGCCGAUCUCGUGCUGAAACCAUGGACGAGCUGUACCUGGAGAAUAUCGACGAGCUGGUGACCGACCAGAACAAGAUAGUGACAUACAAAUGGCUGAGCCACACGCUGGGAGUCCAUGUUAACCAGGCUAAACAGAUGCUGUACGACUACGUGACCAGGAAGCGCAAGGAAAAUGGCAACGCCCAGGUGCACGUCACUUACCUUGUGACUGGGAAAUAUAUGCAGGACGGUUACCCCUUUCAUAAAGUGUCUGUAGUGAAGGAAGAGAAGCUUGAAGCCACAAAGUCAAAGCUCACAGAGGUGGCCAGUGUCCAUGUGUACAGCAUCCAAAAAUCAGCUCUGAAGGACUGUGCUCCUCUCUUUAACACUGACUAUGAUAUUAUCAAGAAUAAUCUGCACAACUGCAACAAAUUUAGUGCCAUUCAGUGCCAUGAGGCAGUAUUAAGGUCCGUAGAGGAAAUCUCCCAGCACCUCAAAGCAAACACCCAACAGGCUGAAGAAGCAAAUGUUACCACCAAACCCGCUAUCAAUGGGCACAUUGCUGCACCUGCCCCAAAGCCCCCCGCUUCUAAGCAGCCUAAAGGCAUCAUGGGAAUGUUUUCCCAGCAAUCUGUCAAGCAGCAGAACACACAGAAAGAAAGCAAGACUGACGCAAAGGAACCGGCAGUCACUGCAGCGAGCAGCAAAGUCCCUGCCAAGUCACAGGCUGUGAACAACUUCUUUGGGAAAGCGUCUUUAAGUAAAAUGAAAGCGUCUUCAUCUGCUAAUGAAACCAUUAAAGAAGAGAAAGCUGCGCUUGAGCCCCCCACUCCAGUCACCCCCGAGCCCUCCGUGGCUGAAUCUGUAAAUCCUCCAGAACAGCCUGGGAAAUGUACAGAGCCAGCUAAAGCCCCAACUAAAGAGAAGAAAAGGGGAAAGCGAGUGGAAAUGUCGGACAGUGACGAGGAGAAAGAAAAGCUUGUGAAGAAGAAGAGGAGGAGGAUUAAGCAGCCAAUGAGUGACAGCGAGGAUGAGGAUUGUCCUCCUCCCUGUGAGAUAAAGACCCCUCCUGCCUCACCCCCAGCUCCUGUGCCUGCCCCAAAGUCAGAAGCUGAUGCUCAACCCCAGCUGGGUGUUAAGAGGAGGAAGCGCAGGCGAGUCUUAAAGUCCACAACAUUCAUGGAUGAAGAAGGAAGCAUUGUGACAGAGAAGGCCUAUGUGAGUGAGUCGUGCAGUGACAGUGAGGAAGAAUUCACCAAACCCAAAUCGGCUGCUGCCCAGAAACAGUCAGUUACAGGAGGUGCGAAACACGAGAGCAAAUUGGAGCCAAAAGCCUCUAAAAAGAAGUCGGUGGCAAGUAAAGGCACAAAACAAGCCUCUAUCAUGGGCUUCUUCCAGAAGAAGUGAGAAGGCCACACUGUGUAUUUUCUAUAGACUCUUUCCAUCUUGUUGCAGUUACAGGUAACCGAGACGGGGCGAAGGGGAAACCAGUUUUGUUGGUUUUGGGCCACUUAUUUCUAGCGGAAAGAAUUACUUCUUGUUGCCUGUAAGGAAACUGAGCCCCAUCUCCCCCCCCCCCCCAGUCUUAUUUGGGAGAAAAUUAUGUGGGUCAGACCAUUGGUUUUAUAUCUGGGGACAAAUCUCUUGGUUAUAAAUAAUAAUUGUGGAGCCAAUUGUGUGGCUGUUACUGACAGGACUCAGACCCCCAGAUGAGCAAAUGUUAUAAAUAAAUAAAAGUUACU